AUGCUUUCGUUAGCAAGCACUGCCACGAACGCAACGGCAAAUAGGGGUGCAACGAUAUUGGCAUCGACAUCAACAUCAACAUCAAAAUCAAAAUCAAAAUCAACAUCAACAUCGACGUCUGCCUCUUUUAGUCGGCCACAGCUUUCCACCAUCCUUCCAUCGAAACGAACAAUCAACAGAAUCUUAUUUGAUUGUGAUUCAAAUAUCACAUAUUCCAAGAUGAUGCCAUUGCUCACACAUAUAUAUGACAAUUUAGCCACACCUUCCAAGAUUGAAAUUCCACGAAACCUCAAAUCCUUUGACUUGAUGGUUUUCCGAAAAAUGUUGACCACUAUCCGUUCACAAACACAAUCAGUAAACAAGAAUCUCGUGGCGUUGGAGAAUGAACUUGUCGAGCAAAGUGCCGAGAUGGGUAAUUUGGACGCCAUCGCGAUUUUGGCAUUUGAAACUAUAAGAAAUCACUUGAAACGUAACACAAUUGUGACAAAACAGGAUAAAGAAGACUUUCAAACUGCAAAUAAACUAGUUCAAGAGUUAACAGAGAUGAAGCAUCCUCUAGUAUUUAAAUUGGCUGGGGACGUUGCAUUGGAAAGAAAUUACUGGGAUAGGGCACACGACUACUAUUUACAGUUUCUUGAAGUUGAAGAUGACACGAUUCCCGCAGGACAUGUCAAUUACCAAUUGGGAUACUAUUAUUAUGCAAAUCCCCAGGACCAAGUCAGGGAUCACGAAAAGGCAAAGCAGUAUUUUGAACGGUGUUUGAAAUUGACCGAGUUGGAUAAUUAUGCAACUAAAGCACAUUUCUACUUGGGACAAAUUUACUUGAAUAAUUCAAUUGAAAAUGGUGACAAGAGCAACAAGACAUAUAAUGAAUAUAGGAAAAGCAACGUUGUUGAAGUAGACGACAAUGUAGCAAGGGCAAAGUAUCAUUGGGAAAUUGCUGCUUCAAAGGCUCUCGCAGAAUCUUUCUCUAGUUUAGGAUUUCUCGAAUUAAACAAAUUGAAUAAUCCCCAAAUUGCAAUUGAAUGGUUCAAAAUUGGAGUCGAAGCUAAUAAAAGUGACAUUGUUUGUUUAAUUGGUCAAUUUGAUUGUUUUUACAAACUAGGACAAUGGAAUGAUUGCAAAAAGGUUUGGCAAAACAUGCAUGAUUUAAAACAGAAAAUGAACGAUAUCAAGAGAGAAAUAAGUCCUCGUAAUAGUAUUGGUACCAAUAAUGUCAACAACAAGGGAAAAAAAGUGAGAAGUAUACCCGAAAAUAUGAAAGAAACGUUCAAUACCAAUGAUGAGUUAUUGUCCGCAUUUUUUAAAGGAAGAAACGAAGAGUUUCAAAGAUUGGAGAGCUUGGGGUAUGGUAUUGUAAAUAAUUAA